AUGGUAUGCAAAAUUGUCUCAAGCUCUUUGCUCAGGGGGUAUUCUCAUUCUUUGAAUGACUACUCCCUAUUCACUAGGGGUUCUGGUUCUUCCUUGGUUAUUUUAGCUGUGUAUGUGGAUGAUAUUAUUUUUACUGGUACUGAUCUAUCUGAGAUUUCAUCUUUAAAGGGCUUUCUACAUGAACAGUUCAGGAUUAAGGACCUUGGUUCCCUUAAUUAUUUCCUGUGUAUUGAGGUGCUUUAUUGUGAUUUUGGUGUUCUUCUUCACCAAAAGAAGUUCAUUCAUGACUUGUUAGAAUCAUUUGACUCUUCUGCCUCUUCAGUUGUUGUCUGUCCUCUCACUAUCAAUGAGAAACUACAGGCUUCUGUUGGUGAUCCUUUGCCCAAGCCUGAAGAAUAUAGAUGCUUAGUGGGCAAGUUGAAUUUUUUAACCCACACACGACCUGAUAUGAGUUCUGUUGUUCAACACCUUAGCCAGUUCCUGCAAACCCCCCGUAUUCCUCAUAUGCAGGCUGCCUUACAUCUCUUGCGCUAUUUGAAAGGGACUGCUGAUUUUGGCUUGUUCUUCAGUCAUUCUCCUGACCUUGCUUUGAGAGCCUAUUGUGACAAUGACUGGGCUUCUUGUGCUGACAGUAGAAGGGCCAUGAGUAAAGCUGCUGCUGAGGUUACUUGGUUGUCCAGAUUAUUGUUUGAUUUUGGUCUUCCUUCUUCUUCUCCUGUUCCUUUAUACUGUGAUAACCAGGCAGCAUUGCAUAUUGCUCGCAACCUAGUUUUUCAUGAGCGGACCAAACAUAUACAGCUGGACUGUCAUUUUAUCAGAAGCAAACUUGGUGAUGGGCUGAUCAGCUUGGCUCAUGUUUCUAGUGAUGCUCAAGUUGCUAAUAUUCUUACCAAGGCGCUUCCUGGGCCUGCUCAUCAUUUUCAUCUUCGCAAGUUGGGGGUUUUAUCACCCUCCAACUUGAGGAGGGCUGUUAGAGUAUUAGAAGACAAUGUGUGA